UCCGCUUCUUCCUCCCGAUGUCCCAAUCACUCACCAUCCCUCCAAAUUUUGUUGCUGUUGCAAACUUGCAAUGCACCAACCAAAUAACCAAAUAAACCCUCCCCGCCAAUCCAUUCCCCUCCAAAAACCAAGAUCAAAGAAGCCCCAGUUUCGCACUUUAGCUUCUCGAACCAGUGACCGAUGAUGCAUCAAGCCACCAUCCGUUUGAGUUUGGGCAUUUCUUGAUCCAUAAGGACCCUCCUUGUGCACACGCUUUGCCAGUUGAUGCAAUUCCUUCUUCCUCCUCCUUGUCCUUCCUUUACUUCUUUGCAAACGAGGAAGAGCCUUUAGGUGGCGCGUCUCGUCGUAGGUACGUAGCUCCUAAGAGACCAUCUCGGUUUCUAUCUCUGAAGCCUUCCUUGGCACACGCCUGUAUUGCUACGGCACUGGAGUCCUUGUUCAGUUGUUCUUGUCCUCUGUUCUUCUGUCCUGUUUGUACUCCAGCCAGCGUCUCUUCUGCGGCGACCGAUUCACGGGUUCAGUGGCAGCCAUUCUUCCAGCACAUGUGCUUUUUCGCAUAAAGGAAGUGCCUGUGUGCCUUGGGCUCACCGGAGCAAGGAAUAAUCCUCCUGCCUUUUGAUCAAGGAAAGGUAUAUUGGAAUCCGCAAUAAUUUUUUGCAAGAAGGAAAAAGGUUUCGACGACAACGAAGGUGCCAAAAGCUUUUGGUAGUGGAUCCUAAGAGGCAAGAUGUUCAACAUAGUCUCGUCAUGGAACAAGAGGAUGAGAAGCAAAUCACUUGAUCAGUUAAAUCCUUGGGUAUACAAGACAGCCGAGCUAUGGCAGGUGAAGGAGCAAGGCCCGCUGCCGUUGAUGCCGCCGAAGAAGCGCAACUGCUCCAUGGUCUUCACCCUCAAGGAGAUGGAGGAGGCGACUGGCAAGUUCAGCGACAAGAACCUCGUCGGCAAGGGCGGCUUCGGCCGGGUUUACAGAGGCGUCCUGAAAAAUGGGCAGAUUGUUGCCAUCAAGAAGAUGGACCUACCGGCGUCGAAGCAGGCGGACGGCGAGCGCGAGUUCCGCGUGGAGAUCGACAUCCUGAGCAGGCUAGACCACCCCAACUUGGUGACGCUGAUCGGCUACUGCGCCGACGGGAAGCACCGGUUCGUGGUCUACGAGUUCAUGCCCAGAGGGAACCUCCAAGACGUCCUCAACGGGAUCGGCGAGGUGAGGAUGGAGUGGGGGCAGCGGCUGCGGAUCGCGCUGGGCGCGGCGAGGGGGCUGGCGUACCUCCACUACAGCACGGCCGUCGGCGUUCCCGUCGUCCACCGGGACUUCAAGUCCAGCAACAUCCUCCUCACCCAGCACUUCGAGGCCAAGAUUUCGGACUUCGGGCUGGCCAAGCUGAUGCCGCAGGACCUGGACCUGUACGCCACCACCAGGGUGCUGGGCACCUUCGGCUACUUCGACCCUGAAUACGCGCUGACGGGGAAGCUGACCCUGCAGAGCGACGUGUACGCCUUCGGCGUCGUCCUCCUGGAGCUGCUCACGGGCCGCCGCGCCAUCGAUCUCAGCCAGGGGCCUCAGGACCAGAACCUCAUCGUCAAGAUACACCAGAUGGUCGGGGACCGGAAGAAGCUGCGCAAGGUGGUGGACAGGGACAUGGGCAAGGGGUCCUACACGGUGGAGUCGGUGUCCAUGUUCGCCGGCCUCGCCGCGCGCUGCGUCUGCUUCGACAGCGCCGGCCGGCCCUCCAUGCAGGACUGCGUCAAGGAGCUCCAGCUCAUCAUGUAUGCCAACAUGAAGAUCUGAACCAAAAAUUGUUUUGAGACGGGUCGCUGAUUCGAUCUUUGUUUCUGGGGGGAUGCUCGCUUGUACACAAGGGUACAUACCAAAAUGGUUGCCAAGUGGCUUUGACAAGGAACCUUGUAUGUGUCCUUGUGUACUGGUGGUGGGAAAUACUUGUACAGAAUUUUAGUAAUUUUUCGUUGCGCCGGAUGUCCUUGUGCUGGACCUGAAAAGAGAGGAGGGUCUUAAUUUGUGACAUUGGAAAAAUACAGUAUGUCUUGGAAAUUUGGCCUGCGUCUACAAUUGAUGGAAAAAAGAGCAGGUGGUCACUGAUUAAUUAGCAUUCUUUGGGUAAGCCUCUGUUAUUAUUCUGUUCAUCGUGAGAUAUGAGUCACCCUGCAGGCUGCAGUUGUAUAUAAUCAAGUUGAGAAUCUA